AUGUUGGUGGCUGGUACAUCUCAGGUUGCGAUGGAGUGGAUUUCUCAAGAAGAAAAGGAGAACAGGAAGAUGGGAGACCGGCACUCUGAUGCUGAUGCUUCAAAAGAGAAGAGAGGUACGAGUCCAGUGCCAGACAAAGCAGAUGUUUCUUCUGAGGCCUGUAAGAACAAAAUAUCAUCUUCUGUGGAUUCUGAGAUCCCCACUGAGUAUGAGUAUGAGUAUGAAGAUAUAAUUCCGCCACGACUAACUGCCCCGUUGACUAGAAAACAAUUUAGGUAUUUGGCUGGAGAGACAAGUGAGGACGACGAAGACGGCACAAAUUUCUACGGGGAGAGCAUUGUGUACGGCACUCCUGGUACUCGUGAUAUGACGGGUGCUGAGCGUGCCUUGGUUGCGGCUGGAUACAUAAAGGGCACUAAGAAGUACAGGAUUCGAUAUAAAACGCUUCGCAAGGAACAAAGAGCAUAUGAGAGAAGUUGUGAGGAGGACCUUCGUGGCAUUAAGAAUUUGCAUGUCGAAGCUGUAUUGGACAAAGAGGGUAACUUCUGUUGGGGCCGUUUUGGACCAUAAACUAUAUGUCGGUAUUGUUUCAUGUGUUAGGGUAUGACUGUUUGGUGCAUUAAUUCUGUUUCUGAUGGUGGUAUGCGAAUUUCUCAUGAUUUUGGUUUUCGAAACAUGUGUCUAUGACGGUGGUGACUCGAAAAGUACACGAUGCAAUGCUCUAACAAUUUUGAAGUCACGACUGUUGGGAUUUUAGUUUGCAUGACAGAUUAUAAAUUUCAAUGCGUCGCAUUUAAUUUUAGCUUUGUUUGGUGAAGGCUACUAAUGAGCGUCAUAAACGUGACACACAACAUUUAAAGGUACAGUUUCGUAAGAGGGCUUAUGUAAUGAACAAUAGCGGCACAAUAGUUUUUUUGAAUAGCACAACAGCAGUAUUAUUGGCCUAUACAAGUAGUCCACAUUAACUCCAGGCCAAGUUAUAAGGAGCCAAAGUAUUCUGAGGAG